GCCGUACUCGGAUGAAAUUAUCCCCUUUUUAACUAGAGUUUUUCGAUUCAUUAUUAUAAUAAUUAAAAAGUGAAAAAUAGCCAGCCCCCGGUGGGACUCGAACCCACAAUCCCUUGAUUAGAAGUCAAAUGCCCUAACCGAUUAGGCCACGAGGGCUUCCCGAAUUCUGCUUCGGGAGCAUCUAUUCUUAAGUUAAGAUUCGUUUAAGUUUUCUUUACUUAAACUUUUGAAGCUGUAUGCUUUGUUGAUUCAAUAUUGAUUACUUAUUAAGUAUCUCGACGAGAGAGCAACUUGGAGGAAACAAUUAUAUUAUUCUGACUAGUUUACUAGAUUGCUCGACAACAUAGGAUUUUAUUGUUAUGAUUUUAAUAUUCGUGUUGUUACCAUCUAUUGUUAUUGAUCCAGAAACCGGUAUUGGACUUCAACUUAUGGCGUAUUGAUUUUAUAUUUCAUAUCGUGGAUCAAAGGCCAGACAUAUUCUUUAAUGUGAUAUAUUCUUUAUGCUUAAAAUUGUAAAUGAAACUGUUAACCCAGUAUUCUUGAAUAAGGUUCACUUAGUUGAGCUUUACUUGUUAAUGCGAGAAUUGGUAAGGAAUAAGUUGAUAUGCUCUUCGCAGUAUAGGUGUGUCAUGACCACUGGCCUUAUGCCAUGGAUUCCAUGUACUUUUGGAAUCUUGGCGACUAAGCAGCCAAACCAACGGCAGCUUCAGCCUGAUCAAACGGAUGAACGGCAGAGAGACAUUAAUCACAUUGUUUCUCCAAACAACUCUAUUUUUGUAGGUUCCCAAAGCCUGGAACUUCUACUUUAUUGGAAUCUUGUGAUUCCUUUAUAAGCACUUACAAUAAGAAAGCUAUUAUCAAUUAAACAGUUGAUAUAAAUACUUGUAAGUUCAAAUACCAAACGGCCGUUGAACACUUACAAGCUCAUUCAGUAUUUAACCUUUUACUUUCC